CUUCUCUUGACACUCAUCGCAGGUUUUUUGACUUUGGUUAUUCAAGUGUCUUCUUUUGUUGGAGGCGGAAGAAAAGAAUGGCCUCGUGUCUUUGAAUGCAUGAGCUGACGCUGCAGACACAAACGAUGGCUUGUUCUCAGGGUUCCUAUAACAUCAGUCUGGAAGAGGACAAGCGUGAGCCUCUGCAGACCUUCCCAUCAUGCCCUCAUGGCUCUCCUCCAGAUCUGCUCUUAAACACGGCUCUUCCUCUGCUCAUGGCUCCAGUGAUGACGGACACGCCCCUCACCCUGAUUCCUGGAUCUGCUACGAAAAGAUCCAUUUCUCAGAGUCUCCCAGACGUGGCUCCUCAGUCAUCAGCGCUGACUCUGUACGGAGCAGGAAGUGUCUCCGUGCCGUUUCCUGUCUGUCCUGUGACGCUGGACGAGACUGAGCAUCCACAGGUCUCUGGUUGUGUCCAGCUGCUGGGGGUCUCUGAACUGGCCCCGUACACACUGUCAGCACUCAUGCCACAUCUGUUAAACCCUCCUGAGAGAGACUCCUGUGUCCUCAGCAACCCUAAAACCACAGCCAAAGAAGAAGAGAUCAGCAAACAGCACGCAGACAUUAGUGCCUCUAAAAACCCUGCUACUGAUGAGACGGAUGUCUCCGGGAUCAGACUCUGUUCGUCACGUCUGAUGUUUAUCACGACCCUCGUCCCCAUCUUCAUCAUCCUCACCGUCUGCAUCGCUGUCACAGUGAAGUUUGUGAGCUUCCCGAACAAAGAGCGAGACAUUGACCCCCAGAACUGCACCCUCUCACCCUCGCCCUUCUAUUCGGUCAAAUAUCCAGCUAAUGACACCGUCAGCAUUCCCUCGGAUUGCUCCGUGGCAGUGAAUGCUGGGUCUCGAGGGACACGUAUUGUUGGUGGUAAGGAGGCUGUGAAGGGUCAGUGGGGUUGGCAGACCAGUUUACAAUGGCGGGGCAGACACGUGUGUGGAGGAGCCAUCGCCAGCCCUCGCUGGGUCAUCACUGCCGCCCACUGCUUCAUGCAAUAUGGCAUGAAGCUGGAGUCAGACUGGGUCGUGCUGGUUGAUACCGUGAGCAUCUCAGAUGCAUCUCAGGGCAAACGUUACCUCAUACUACAGAUACGCCAGCACACGGGAUUCUCACAGGACAACAACGACUACGACCUGUGUCUGCUGCGCACACACACAGAGAUGGAGACGGGAGACGGCGUGAGACCCGUGUGUUUGCCCCGUCUGAGAGAGUCGUUUCCUCCUGGUUCGUCCUGCUGGGUGACGGGCUGGGGUUACACACGGGAAGGAGGCUCUGUGUCCUCACACCUGAGACAGGCUUUCGUUCAGGUCAUCGAUCAAGCCGUCUGCUCUCAACCCUACGUGUACGGCUCCCAGCUCACUCCCAGAAUGCUUUGCGCCGGCAUUAUGGAGGGAGGAGUCGACUCCUGUCAGGGAGACAGCGGGGGUCCUCUGGUGUGUCGGGCUGAAGCGGGGGGCUGGCGGUUGGCUGGUGUGGUGAGUUGGGGUGAAGGAUGUGGACGAGUCAAUAAACCCGGUGUUUACACCAGAAUCACUCCGCUGCUGCAGUGGAUUCAUCAAACCAUCAGUGAUGAAAACGAAGAGUCCUUCUCGACGGUCACCACACAGAAAAAUUUCUUUUGAAAACUGUCAUUAAUUAUUAUUAUACAAAAUGUACAAGGCCUUAAUCUUCCAAGUGGAUUUCAUGUGUAACAUAGUCUGCAAUAAAAGAUCAUUACAUGCAGAGCAUCUGAUUUGAUGAUUUGAUCUGAGCACGACUGGAGUCACGUACACUUUAUCAAAGUGAUGAAUGGAAUUCACUCUGACUGACUCUGAUCCUGAGUCUGAAUCUGAUCAUGUGCCUGGAAACUCAUCAAGACAGCUCAUGAAUAUUAAUUAGCAUGAGCCGAUGUUGCUAGGUAGUUCUUGUAAUUGACCCUCAGAGGCUUGUUGAUAUUUCUGAGCUGACGUGACUCUAGGCUCUCUGAACUUUCAUGAUCAUGGAUUGUUGUUGAACGUCACCAGCAUCUUCAUAAAGCCACUGGUUUAGAGGGUGACGACAGCUGCUUUGAGCUUUAACCGUACCUUCACAGAUGAGUUCAGAUUACCAUCUGAAUAUCUGUCUGUGAUUGACUGAAGGGUUAUGAAUGGAAGACCAGUUUUACUGUGGAUUUUAAUCUCACAAUUUUAACUUUUUCCUCAUUUAACUCAAAAUUCUGACUUUUUCACAAUUCUGAUUUAUAUUUCAGUUUCAGUUUAUAUCUCCCAAUUUAGAAUUUUAUCUCGCAAUUCUUAAUUUCUAUCGCAAUUCUGAUUUAUCUCGCAAUUCUCAAUUUAUAUCUCAAUUCUGAUUUAUAUCACGAUUAUGAUUUAUA